UUAAGCGGCGGUAGUUCUCGAUUCUGUGUUCUUGUUUGUCGCAUCGAAACGUAGUUCAAUCAAAAUACCUAAGCAAUGUUACUGCACGAAAGUUCAGCCAGCAUGGAACAAAGUGUGCCCGAGAAUCUAAGCACGCAUGUGUUUAGCGAAUGUGAAGUGAAACUAAAGCACGAUGCUGUAGUGAUCAGUGAUAAUGCAAGCAAUAAUCACAGUGAUGUGCCAUCAGCCAAAGAGUCUGACAUAAAUCCUCUACCUGUCAUCAGUACAUCAUCAACGAAUGCAAACACCCCAACAAGUAAUAAUAAUAGCUCUGCUACCAAAGUGAAACUUAGUUUCAGUGUGGAUCGUCUGUUGGGCUCAGAGCCCAGCAGUGAAUCCUUGACAAAUUUCAAUCGACAUUGCUGUGAUGGUAAUCCCUAUGCCUGUUGUACCUAUCCCAAUUGCUAUGGACAGACUAGCUCUGAUAAUGCCAAGCAUUUCCCAAACCCUGCUCCUGCAUCAGCUCCAAUGGCCAUGCCUAGCUCAAUUCCCUAUGGAAACUAUGCGGGCUUGGAUAAAUUUUAUCCCGCCUUUUAUAUGGAUUAUAAAUCAAUACUGAGACCAACACCGAUUCGACCUGAACAUGCAACCACAUUGGCAACAAAUGCUCUUUUACGAUUCCAUCAGCAACACCAUCAACAGCAGCAACAGCAACAACAACAGCAUCAGCAACAUCUUCACCCGCAGCAACAUAAGUCACCAACAGGGACAUCAUCAACUGCUGCUGCUGCUGCUGCAUUGCUGGCACCGUUGCACAGUCUGAAGACAUUACAAUUAACACAACAGCAACGAUUUUUAAGUAAGCCUCCGCACCAACUGCUGGACAUUCCACCAACAACAACUGCAACUGCGACGACAAUGUCUGGAGGACAUCAUAAUAGCAUUAGCAAUAGUCACAAUGGUAACUCGAACAGCAGCAACAACAACAACAGCAACAGCAAUGGCAAACGUAAGCGUUCCUGGUCGCGGGCUGUAUUCACAAAUCUUCAGAGAAAAGGUCUGGAAAUACAAUUUCAACAACAGAAAUAUAUUACCAAACCAGAUAGACGCAAAUUGGCUGCCAGAUUAAAUCUAACAGAUGCACAAGUUAAAGUGUGGUUUCAAAAUCGUCGCAUGAAAUGGCGGCAUACACGUGAGAAUCUAAAAAGUGGCCAAGAGAAGCAACCAGCACAACAACAGCAACAGCAGCAGCAACAACAAUCACAACAGCAAUCCAUAUCAAUGGCCAAGCCAACAACAACAACAGCAACAACUUUGCCAGGACUAUCAGGAUCUACGCCUCAAGAGAAUCUCGACUAUAGCUCAGAUAGCUGUUCCAGUGCAGAUCUGAGCGAUCAGGCCGAUGACGAUGAUGACAAUAUUGAAAUCGAUGUAGUCGAAUAAAGCGAAAAAUUUAUACAGUUUAUG